AAUGGCAUGCCAUGUGCAGUGAGGCCGGAGCACCUUAAACUCCUUUGACGCAGAAUGGCCUCUUCACCAGAAGAAAGGACGAGGUGAUGCUGAGCCCGGUGAGAAGAUUGCAUCUAUCCAUUGCCCUGGGUGGGAAAGGGCUUCAGUUUCAAUAAUUUCAAAGCUGGUUCGCUGCAAAUUUGCAACAGGUAUAGUUGCACUGACAGACCUGACAGUUCUCUGCAAUGGAUGGCUUGAAGAUCGGCACUCUGAUUUGCUGUUUCAUCAGCCUUGUACUGCUUGUCAUCGCCCUAGCCACUCCCAAUUGGGUGGAGGCCGCUGACUAUGCCGGCCUAUGGAGAGGUUGCAACUAUACAGUAUGCUAUUCUUUUGGAAUGCAAGUGGCAAGCUAUGUCCACGCGACCCGAGCCUUAUUGAUUAUUGGGCUGAUCUUCGGUAUUGUCUCCUUCAUUGAUCUUUGCGCCUCGUUUUGCCAUACCUAUUUUGGCUCCAGCACCUGGACCAAGGUCACAUCCAAAGCCAGCUUUUUUGCAGGGCUCGCGGUCUUAGCUGCCAUGGGCGCUUUCACAGGAGGGUACUUUGUGUCCAGCAUUCUGGUGGCAACACAGCUUGGAUGGUCUUAUGGCUUGGGAUGGGCCCCUGGACUUCUCUUCUUAGUAAUUGAUGGGCUUAUCCGCAGAAUUCACACUCGUCACACUCGUCAACCAGUAUGACUCCAAAAGGCAAAAUCUGAGUGUGCUCUUCUGCCUGGCCUCCAAGAGCCGUGUCAGAAAUGUGGAGCCCUCACUUUUUCACAUUGAAACUGACGCAACAGUUUAUAUAGAAGUACAGCAUGAUUUAAAGGGGAAACACAUGAGUUUGGGAAUUAGACUCUUUGGAGAGAUGUGCUUGCAUUAGGACCCAUGGGUGGAUCUUCUCUGCCCAUCUCUAGCUUCUGUCAGGUCUGUGCCCACUGUCCCUCCAUGUUGUUACCCAGCUUAUAAUAUGUUGCAAUAGCCUCUUGCGCCUGCUUCCCUUGUUGCCUUCCGGAUUCCAGGACAGCCGAGCCCUUAUCUCGGAUGGCUUGCCACAGCGGCCUUGGGACAGCUCCUUCCAUCCCACUACUGAUUGUGUUCGGCUGGGAGAGCCGGAGGAGUGGGGGAACAUGUGAACGGGGUGAUAUAAUGUAUCCUGUGCUCAAUGCGUCAUUCUCAGCAAGAGACCUGUGUACAGCCAGACGCCUUUAAUUGCUUCUGUGUAACCUAUGGACAUAUGUAUCGAGAAGCCUGUGAUAUCUCAAUAAAGACCCA